AUGAGGUGGCCGAUCCACGUGGCUGUGGCCAUAUUCGCGGCGCUGGUGACCUCCUCGACUGCAUCCCCCGCAGCCACCACCGCCGCCCCGACACCGCCCGCCGAGUUCACAGCCAGCCCCAAGACGGGCCCCGGCGGCACGGCCUUCCGCGACUACCCGCACGUCCGCAUCUACAACGCCCCCAAUGCCAGCAUCGCCGACGCCUCGGCGCGCAUGCUCGAGUCGGCGUACAGCUGCUUCGUCGACAAUCUGGGGUGGCGGUCGACGGGCCUGUCGUUCAACCAAAAGACGGACGGCGGGCCGUGGUACAAGCUGAAUGUGUACCGCGUCGACGACAUUCCGGGCGCGGCAGCCAACACGGGCACCGACGGCGGCACGGGCCUGUCGUUUCUGAACGUCGUCACCAAGUACCUGACGGUGCCCUCCAUCACGGUGCACGAGUUUGGCCACGCGCUGACGUAUGCGGCGCGCGUGUGGAUCAACCAGGCCAAGACGGGCGCGUGGUGGGAGACGGUCGCCCAGUUCGUGGCCGACACGUUCAUCACGUCCGACGUCUGCCGCGCCGCCCGCACAGCGUACGCGCAAGCCGACGACGGGCCGACCAUGAUGGACCUCAAAAAGGUGCUGGGCGACGCCUUCCAGGCCAUUGUCGACGGCACCCGCAGCCCGGCCAAGGGCGAGCCGACCGCCAACUACUACCAGGCCUGGCCCCUGUUCGUGUACCUCUUCUACAACCCAGACGACCAUGCGCCGCUCCGCAACCACGCCGUGUUUCCGGGCGUCUGGACGCAGUACGCCGAGAACAGCGACGAGACGCCGCUGCACGUCCUGGCCCGCAUCCUCGCUGCGCCCGGUGGCACGUCGAUCCAGGCGCUCGUCGGCCGCUACUGGGCGCGCAUGGCGUUUGUCGACAUUGGCCACCCGUCGGCGCACGCUCUGUAUCUCGCGCAGCGCAAGAGCAUCAGCUAUGCCGUCCUCGACAGCAUGGCCGCCGGCCACACGGGCGCCUACCGCGUGAAAGCGGCGCGCCAGCCGCGCUACAUGGGCGCCAGCAUUGUGCCGCUCAAGGCGGCCGGCACCACGGUGUCUGUCAGCGUCACCGCCAGCGCGCCGUACACGGCCACGCUCGUCACGAGGCGGCCCACCGCGUCGGGUCGCCGCAGCAACUGCUCCUACACCGACGUCCUCCAUGGCACGGCGCAAAUCACCGUCUCUGCCGGCGACGAGCUCGCCCUUGUCGUCGCCAACACCCCCGACCAGCUCUUGUCGUACGAUCCCUUCAACAUGCCCGCCGCCGCCAACAGGGGACUCGACUACCAGGUGCAGUUGACUGGCGCCACGCCCGGGAGUUGGUGA